UAAUAUAUAAAUUGUCUCAAUUCUAAAAUUCUAGGUGAUGCAAAACUUUUGUCCACAGCUGUACAGUCCUCUAUUAAAAUAUGCAGGUAAACAGUCAGUUUUUUACCUUUCUUUAAACAGGUGGUGGGUUUUUGUUUUUGUCACAUGCCUUUGGAUCACUUGUAAUGAAAGAUGCUAUAUAAAUGUUUUUUCUAUUUGCAUUAGUAGUAGCAGUAUUUGUAUGAUUACUGAAGACAACAGUGAGGAAACUUUGUGCUGUGGCGCACACUCUUAGUUGUGAGUUUACCUCUUAUUGGGUUGUACACUUUCAUUUUGAUCACGCAAAGCACUUGAUUCAAAGAAGCAUACUGGUUGAACAACAUCGAGAAUUUAUUUUUAUUACAAUAUGCGGUCGAUUGAAAUAACCGGUGAAUCUCUAAAGAGGUUUUCACUGUCCCAGUAACAUUGAUAUAUGUGUUUUACACCCUACUGAGAAACAAUAGCGGAAGCGUUUAUCACGCUGCUUCUAGUUCUGUUAGAACUCUUUCGUUCCUCCCAGUAAAUGUGCUUUUGCCCCACAGCUCAUUAACCUGUCAGUUGUAUUAUACUGUGAGUCAGGCUUGAGCUUUAUUUAAUAUUUUAGAAAGUCUUCAGGUAAGAAAUUCUUCAUGUUAGGGAAUUGUUAUUGUCUUCCACUCUGAUCGGGUAUAAUAAGAACUCGUACACAAUCUGACCUGGCUUUAAAUGGCGUUAUCAUAAGUAGGGCUUUAGUCACUGUAUGUAUAAUUGUAUCAUGUUAAUUUUCUAUCUAUGCAAUAAUUUAUAAUGCUUUUUUUUCCACAGGGCACCUUCUCAUACCCCACAGUGUUCAUAAACCAUCUGAAAAAUGUAAUAAAUGAAAAAAAAAAAAAAGUGAGCCGAACUGAGUCCUGAGAUGGAGCUCUGGUUCAGUUACCAAGGAGACCAGGGUGGGGUCUGCCCUGUCUCAAUAUGCUGGGGAAGGGCUCUGAUAAAAAAUGGCUUGGUCUUGUAUCAGGGUAACCCCGUCUGCUCUCAGCCUUACUGUUAUCAGCUUCAAAAAGAAAUGUCAGUUUCUAGAAAAACAUCAAGAAAAACAUUCUCGGAAUAAAAUUAGAUUCCCUUUUGAAGUUUUUUUUUUUUUUUUUUAACAUUAAUUGCCAGACUGUAAAGAAACUGCAGUGCGGUGCCCAGAGAUGCCAGCCCUGAACAGAAUGCCACAGCUGCCCACCACUCGCCCUACCAUUGAAACAGAGGCGGACGCUCAGUUCUUCUCCGAACACAUCAGUGUUUCCCUGCAGGACAUGGAGCUUUGGGACAAAUUCGGGAGCCUGGGUACGGAAAUGAUCAUCACCAAGUCUGGAAGGCGGAUGUUUCCAGCGUGUAAAAUCAGCGUGACUGGCCUAAAUCCCAAAGUGAAAUACCUGAUGAUGAUGGACAUGGUGCCCUAUGAUGACCAUAAGUACAAGUGGAGCCAGAAUAAAUGGGAAGUGAAUGGCAAGGCCGAGCCGCACCUUCCCAACCGACUGUUCAUCCACCCGGAGUCGCCAGCGCUAGGGGAGAAGUGGAUGCAGUACCCAGUCUCCUUCAACAAGCUGAAACUCACCAACAACACGCUCAACCAGAACGGACUGGUUAUUUUGCACUCCAUGCACAAAUACCAGCCCCGCCUCCACGUCGUCCAGGCCACCGAUCUGUACAGCCAGCAGUGGGGCCCUUACCUCAGGUUCACUUUCCCAGAAGCUGCAUUCAUUGGAGUCACCUCCUACCAGAACAAUGAGAUCACAAAACUCAAAAUUGAUAACAACCCGUUUGCCAAAGGCUUUCGUGAUUAUGGGUUGAACAGCAAAAGGCAACGGGAAACAAGAGCUCAGAAUUCCUGCAAAAGACCUUUAACAGAGGAUGAAGAGACCCCAGAAAGCAAAGCUGGACCAAGGCACUGGGAGAGUGUUAAGGGUCAGCUAACUCCUCAGACAGAUUUUGUAGUCUCAAAUACACAAGAGGAACCUGACAACACAGGAACCAACCCCUUCAUCGCUGCCUUCAUGAACAGAAGCCCCAGUGAGGCUGCAUGUGGUUUGGCAGAAUGGAUAGACAAGGAAAUUCAGGACCCAUCUCCUGAUAGUCCCAACCUGCUUCCAGUCAGUGCUGGUCAUUACGAAGCAGCUAAACCAACCCCUCUCCAGAGUCUAGAAGAAGCCAUGUCCAGGAUCUCUCCAAGCUUCACCUCUGAGCAAACCGUAUCUGGAGCCUCAUCAGGUGGUCUCCUGCCUCUCCCGCGAAGCAUCGGGUCUCACAAAACCAGAACGAACGAUCCGCAGGCCACAGCAAGCAGCUUCCCUCUGGUUUCUGAGCCCGCCACUGAACCCAAGAAAGACCAUCACCAGCUGGCCCAAUCAUCAGAAAUCCACCACCCCCACCCUCCCAAGAUCAGCAGGGUGAAUCUAUCGGAAAGCACCCUGCAGUCUCUGGAAAGUCUUUGCCCCAGGCCGGCAGAGACGGCCAGCUGUGCUCGACCGCUGCAGGACAUUUUAAACAAGAUCCAAGACAGAGCCGAUUCCACCACAGCCAGCACAGGAAAGUUAUUCCAAAAUCAAGGGAUCUGGCCCUCCGUCGGUAAGGAUUACCCACUGCCUGCUUUUCACCAGGACAGCAACACGGCAGUUUGGAACCCAUCUGGAUUCCUGGGGUAUCUGAGCAUGAGGGCAGGGGGUGCUGGUAACCUCACUGUUGGCAUGGACUCUAAACCUGGCAUCACUGGCCAGGACUAUCUCUAUAAAGCACCACACUUGGACAUGUAUUCGAAUUUGUAUCCUGGGAACUAAGUAUUGAGAUCGCUAGUCAUCCUCACUGUCAACCCCAAAAUAAACCAGACAUCCUACAAACUCCUGUCUGGGCAUUGUGGUUUGACAAUAGUGUGUUUAAAAGGUGUAUAUAUUUGACAUGUUGUAUUUUCUUGUUUGUAAGCUGUUUUUCAAAUGUUUGUAAUACUUUUACCUUUUUUUUUUUUUUUAAUUGUAUACUUCUUAGAUUAAAGUCUUCAUAAAUUCAUAAGCCAUGCUGCGUUUACACAAAUGGUCCCAACUUAGCACAAAGAGUGGUGAAUGCUUUGGUUAUAUGACUGAUAUGAACCGUGCCCGAUAUGCUGAUCAAACUUUCAAUACGGGCAAUCGUUUUCAUAGCAUUCCAAAAUAAUUGUGUAAUUUAAAACUGCAGUGGGUUCUAUUCAUAAAAGUUUAAGGACUGCUUUUGUCUAAUAUUAAAAGGUCACAACAGCAUUUUGAAUUAAAUACAAAUUUAGACCAAGCUAGUUUCUAGGUGGUUAUUGUUGAAGGUAUUUAUUUAUUUUUUUGUUACAAUAGUUUCUUUCAGAAAAUUUGCACCAACAUUAAAAUAAGACCCACAGUAUGCCUUGUAGUUGGCAUGGAUCAAAGAUGAAAGGAAAGAGCUGAAUAGGUUUGGGACACUUCUUUAGGUGUUAGGCAAACUGUUUACAGCCAUCCCAAUUAAGCCCAGCGACACCAGCAUGUCUGUGUGUAAGAUCUCAUAGAAGUAGGGAGGACACAGCAGUGACAAGAGUAAUUACUGGAGGUGAAAUCUUGCACUUGUGCGCUCCGGAGCCAGUAUACUCCCUAUCCUUUGAAGGUUAGAAACAGAACUGUUUUAUUGAGCAUUCUGGAACAUGCCAAGCAACUAAUCCCCUGCCAAAAUGUGUAACAAUUCUAGAAAGCUUGUAACUGGGCACAAACAUGACAAAUAUAGGGUUGUUCCUAAAUUGUACUGGUUACCCACAGCCCCAAAGUGCACUAACCAACCUUGUUGAGAAUUUGAAACUUUAGGACAAAAUAGCCUUGGAAAACAAAGUACAAUUUAAAUUCUCAACAGAGUGGAAUGAAAGUCACUAUGAAAGUGUUUCAGGAGCACGUUCAGCCCACACCACCUUCCAGUACAGUUAACUGAUAUUCUGAAGAGGGAAACACCACCAGCAUUUUGUUUAAGCAAAACGUGUAAAUUAGCCGUUAGCGCUGGAAUGACGAAAGGUAUAGCAAACGGGACAGGCUUUUCAACAAGCCAUAAUUAGCAUAUACAGGAGACAAAAGCAGCCCUGUUGUACUGUUAUAUGCAAAGAGUUGGCAUGCUGCCUGUUCCACAACCUUACCCUUCUUAGUCUGCAGUAUAGUAGAUGCUGCUGGAAUCAAUACUGUGAUGUGUGGUGGAAGAAACCUGUACAAAACAUGGGCCUGCAAGUUGAUGCACACAACACUAGUAAUGUACUUUAAACUCUGAAACGGCGCUUCUUGUCAUCAGUUAUCAGAGUGGUUAAAAAAAAUUCAAAAUAUGUUUUUACACCACUAAUGUUCAACCGUGUAAGAAUCGUAUUUCGCAAAAAAAAAAAAAAAAAUAGUAAUAAUUCUGCAUAAACAGACUCAGAAGGUGGUAACAGAACAUUUAUUCUAUUUAUGUGUAUAACAUUCCAAUAUGGUCAGCGUAACAACUACAAAUCAAGCAUGAAUAACACAAGGAGGCACAUGCAAAUAAAUUUACUUGCAGUAGAAUGACGACUUGAGUACGUAACAGUCUUCUCUAUAGGGUUCACUUUACUGAUACACAUUUAGUAUUACCUCAGUGCGCAAAGCAGACAGAAACUCCUUUCUAUGCCUAACUGUUUAAAAAAACAAAGUGAUUGACAAAACACACUGAUGGUCUUACCCCACAUCCUUCAGCUCCUAUAUUGAAAAGCGCACUCCUUCUGGCAAGCAUGAAUCUCUAAAUACCACACUCAGCAUCGAAGCAACGGCGCUGUCCAGGUUGUGUUCCUAAUAUAUUUUGGAGAGUUUUUGGCACUAAUAUGGAGGCAAAGUCAACCAAGUGCACAAUCAAAAUAAAAAUGAGUGAGGCAGCAAUGCAAAAAGCUAACAUUUAGAAAGGGUCUUUAAAAUAAAGCACCCACACAGACUAAUAACAUUUUGCGUGGGCCGCUCACUUCAACAGGGCCGCAUCGCCUUUCUCAAUUCACUUUUGAUAAAAGCUUGUAAAAAGCAUAUUUUCUGCAAAUCAGAUGAAAAACAAAAAAAAAAUAAAUAAAAUGGUGACACCAAUUCAUAAGGCGAACUGCAAUAAAAUAAUUUUAGCCAUCGAUUUAAAAAAAAAA